AUGACAAUCGACGAAAAGACCUUUAGCACCCUACACGCAUUAAAAAUCUCAAUUUGGGUUGGUAUUUUUGUAGGUACUAUCACCUUCGGAUGCGGAUGUGAUAAAAUUAUCUCAAGUUAUACAGCUUCCAUUAUACCGCUUAUAGCAGCUUUUAUCAUCCUCCCUAUAACAGUUCACAUGCUACUCUACCGUGUUUGUCCGAAUAUGCGAACACUUUCAAAACAAAUCAUUAUUGCUUCUGUAUACAACUUGGCCUGCGCCGCAAUUAUUUUUGCAUUUCUGGGCUGCUUGCUUCUGGACGAAGCAAUUGACAUACCAUGGGCUGCAGUUUUUGCACCAGUAUGGUAUGGGAUGGCAAUCCUCUUAUUAUUUAUAAUUUUUAUGUUCCCUGGGCUCAUUCAAAGCGGUAACAACAGAGCUGCAUUUCUGAUGUGCACAUGGUGGAUUGGCGUCAUGGCUUUGACAAUCUUGUGGGUUUGUCACCUGGAUCAUGGAACCCCUAGCUUGUUUAUAUACUGCUGGAUUCCUGUGCUUUGUUCAGUUUUUACUCAUAUAAUUGCAUAUGCGAGAGAAAGAAUAAUACUUAGAAGAGCAAACCCUGAUUUGCCGUUCAAAUCGAGAGAAUUAUUCUGUGUAUUUAUAUUGAUACCUUUCAGCUUUGUGACUAUGAUGAAACUUUAUGUGCUAACAUGGCUGCCGGCGUUGUUCUUAAUUAUCCCGAUUGCGAAGCUUAUGGUUAUCUGGCUGUUUUUGGAAGAGAAGGCUCACUGGGGUUGGUGCAAGGGCUGUUGCGAAAGUAGAGAAGGGAAAGAGAAAAAAUAUGAAUCAGUUUCUUAA